AUGGAGCGAUCCGUGGGAGAUGAAGAGAAGAAUACUCACCCUGAGAAGUUAAUUAAAUCGCCAUCGUCGGGGCCAAGCUCAUCCUUGCACCCGCCGAAAAAUGUGUUCGAGCGGUUUAAUGCCCGGCUAGGCCAGCUGGAUUUCUUCGAGUCACGCGGUAUUGAGCGUGUCCCGCUCGAUGAGCGCAAGCCUAGGGUAACGUCGGCGGACUAUAUGCAGAUGGCUCUGAUGUGGUUCAGUGUUAACAUCACGGCGAACAACAUUGCCGUCGGUAUGCUCGGUCCGUCAAGCUACGGGCUGGGCUUUGUCGACUCGGCACUCUGUGCCACCUUCGGCGCUCUGCUGGGUGCUGCAGGUGUCGCAUAUAUGGGGACUUUUGGCCCAGCCAGCGGGAACAGAACUAUGGUCGUGGCUCGGUAUUUCAUGGGAUAUUACCCUAGCAAGAUAUGCGCUUUGUUGAAUAUUGUGAUCAUGCUGGGAUAUGGUAUGGUCGACAGCAUCGUGGGAGGACAAGUCCUCUCUGCCGUGGCUGGAAACAACAUGACCGUGUCUGUAGGCGUGGUUAUCGUCGUGGUCAUUACUUGGAUCGUGGUCCUCUUUGGCAUGCGGGUAUUCCAUAUCUAUGAGCGAUGGGCCUGGGUCCCUCAGUUCGUCGCCGCCUUUGUCCUUGUUGGCAGCGCUGGCCCCAAGUUUGACACCUCGAUCGUCUCUACGGGUUCGCCGCAAACAAUCGCCGGCAACCGCCUCUCCUUCUUCUCUCUCUGCCUAUCCUCGUCCGUCGCCUGGGCUCCUGCCGGUGCGGACUUCUAUGUCUACUUCCCCCCCAACACGCAGAAGUCGAAAACGUUCAUCAUGACCUUCCUCGGUGUUGGUCUGUCCUUGACCUUUGCCAACUUGCUUGGUGUCGGCCUCGGCUCGGGCGUGGCGACUAAUCCCGAUUGGGAAGCUGCAGACGGAAUCUCCUCCGGUGCUUUGAUCCUCGCCGGCUACAACGGACUCGGCGACUUCGGCAAGUUCUUGGGAGUACUAGUUUCCCUAGGUCAGAUCGCCAACAAUGUCGCGGGAACUUACUCCGCCUCCUUGGGCUUCCAGAUGCUAGGCCGCUACCCAGCCAAGAUUCCCCGGUGGGUCUGGACCUGCUUAGGUGUCAUUAUCUACCUUAUCUGCGCGUUGGCGGGUCAGAAUAGCCUAUCUGCCAUUUUCGAGAAUUGGCUCGCUUUGAUGGGCUACUGGGUUUGCAUCUACCUUGUAAUUGCCCUGGAAGAACAUUUCAUCUUCCGCCCAUCGAGGGGCUUUGAUUGGGAGGAUUGGGCCGAUCGCUCUAAAUUACCUCUUGGUCUCGCUGCACUGGCAGCAUUCUUGAUCGGCUGGGCUGGUUCUAUUGUUUCUAUGAACGAGGUAUACUUUGCCGGCCCAAUUGCAAAGAUGGUUGGCGAUGAUGGGUCGGAUCUCGGCAUUUGGGUUGGCUCGGCGUGGGCCAUGGUGGUAUAUCCGGGAUUACGAUGGCUGGAGCUGAAGAAGUUCAAUCGUUAA